AAUGACGUCAUAACAUCGUGUCCAACAUGGCGGGAAUUGUGAGUCUCCUGUUUGCAUUUUUCUUGUUAAUUUGUCCAUGGUGCUUGGCUAAAACGCCAGUAAUCCCUCCAAAUCAUCAACUUAGAAAUGAAAACUGGGAUCGCAUUUUGAAAGGAGAGUGGAUGGUGAAAUUCUUUGCUCCCUGGUGUCCUGCCUGUAAACAAGUAGGUCCAGUGUGGAACACACUCGCUCUUAAAGCUGAAGGACUUGGCAUAAAUGUUGGAGAAGUUGACACAACUGAGGAACCCGUACUUAGUGGAAGAUUCAUGGUCUUCUCUCUGCCAACUAUUUACCAUGUAAAAGAUGGAGAGUUUCGAAAAUAUGAAGGGCCAAGGUCACUGAGAGGAUUUAUGGAUUUCAUUAGCGGUCAGAAAUGGAGAGAAAUUGAACCAAUCCCAUGGUGGAAGUCUCCAAGCUCUCAUCUCAUGGGAGGUCUUGGGCUGAUAUUCAAGUUAUCGGUUUUGAUGAAGGACCUUCAUGAGCUACUGACGGUAACAUAUGGCCUUCCAGUGUGGGCUUCCUACACUAUAUUUGGAGUGUCAACAGUUUUAAUAGGAAUUCUACUUGGAGUGGGAAUAGUAUUUCUGUCAGACUGUAUAUUUGGAACCCCUUUCCAAUCCACCAAUGUCUCUGCUCGACCAAUAAAGAAAGAGUCUGAAGUUCAAAAAGGGUCUGGUGAAGAGGAUAAUGAUGAAAAUGAUGAAGAAGAAGCAGAGGAAAAGCAAGAAAAUAAAACAGACCAGAGUGGUGUCAGGAAGAGGGUGACUGCAGCAACUGACUAAUUAUAGUACCGCAAUUCCAAUUUGUUUUAAUUACAAUUUGAACACAGCAAGCCUAAUUUUUUCAGUGAAUUAAAUUGUCAGUGCUAAGCUGAUUCCACCACAGCAAGCAGCUUUUCACAAAUCCAGAACCUUUUGGGCAGCUGUUCUUGGCACUAUAAUUUGAGUAAUAUUGAUAAGUAACAUGCAGUUGAUGGUUUCUAAAGGUAACCAGUGGGCAAUCAAAGUUUGUGUUAGCUGCUGAAUGAUAAACAAUGUCAGAAAUCAUGCUCCUGAAAGCUCCAUUUUGUUUUCUAUGCACAGUCGUUUCGAAGUUUCUGGAUUACGUGGUUUUAAGACACUUAGUAGUAUUAAAGUAUUCAACAUCAAAGUAUCACAAGACCCAGGGAAGUCACUUUCACAGCACAAAGUAGGAGUUAGUAAAACAUUGCAUGCAUAAUUAUUAGUAGAGAAGGAAGAAGGAUCAAAAUCAGAGAGGAUAAACAACAACAGAAUUAAUUCCCCAUACAGGCCUUAUUCUCAACUGAAGGUUCAUGUAAUCCCUCAAGUUAUUUUUUGAUCACUCCCGAUUUCAGAAAUCCCAUGAAAGUCUAGAAAUAGCCGAAUACUGUUUCACAAAUUUUCCUCAUUUCGCAGCUCAAGCAGCCAUACAGGCUCUGUAUUAGUCCAUUUUCAUCCUUCACUGAUUAACAUUAUUUGCAAAAGAACUGGGCACUAUGUCUAAAAAUAACUUAAAAGGGUUAACCUUGUGAAUAAGGCCUGUAAGGGGAUUAUCUCUCUUACCCUUCAUGCUCUCUUGCCAAAUUAAAAUAGACUAACUUUUGAGUAAAACGCAUGAGCAAACCUCAAGUGCUUACGCUACAAAAAUUGAAUGUUGCACCCUGGUAAUAAUUUAAUACAAUUUACAAU